AUGACGCCAAGAAAAUCAAUCGAACUGUCCACUCAUGAACUUGUCGACGUGUACCAUUGGGUGAAAAAAUUUAACCUGAGCAAGGAGGUGAAGAAUAUUAACCGCGACAUGACGGAUGGAGUGCUGGUAGCGGAAAUAUUGAAACAACUCUAUCCAAAGCUAGUUGACCUGCAUAACUACACCAGGUGCAGCGCUACCAGAAACAAGUUGGACAACUGGCAGACGCUCAACCGGAAAGUGAUGCGCCGUUUGGACAUCUACCUGGACGAAGAAACGAUGCAAGAUUUAGCCAGUGGAAGUAACGGCAUGCUGGAGGUGCUUCUAUUCGAGUUGAUGGCUAAGCACAAGGUGGAGACAAAUUUCUUCGGUAACCGGCACGACUCUGGGAAAAAGUAAUAGUUCUUUCUAAAGGAUAGUUUUCAUCGAGCCACUGUGUCCAGGAAUAAAGAAUAGUUGCAUUUAUUUAUCGUUUAC